AUGGCAUGUCCGACCGUGUGUCUGCAGAUCAUUUUCUACGAGGACCGAAAUUUUCAAGGUCGGCACCACGAGUGCGUGAGCGACUGCGCCGACUUGCAUCCCUACUUCAACCGCUGCAACUCCAUCCGGGUGGAGAGCGGCUGCUUUAUGGUGUAUGAAAGGCCCCAGUACCUGGGUCACCAGUUUUUCCUGCGCAGGGGAGAGUAUUCGGACAACCAGCGCAUGAUAGGCAUCAAUGACUGCAUCCGUUCCUGUCGCAUGAUUCCGUUGCACCGAGGCUCCUACAAAAUCCGAUUGUACGAGCGCCCCGAUAUGAGCGGUCAAAUGCAGGAGGUGAGCGACGACUGCCCCAACGUCCAGGACCGCCUGCGUAUGUCUGACGUGAAUUCGUGCAACGUGGUCGACGGCCAAUGGCUGCUGUACGACCAGCCCAACUAUAGAGGUCGGCCCUUCUACCUGAGGCCCGGGGAGUACCGGCGGUUCAGCGACUGGGGAGGCGCCAGCCCCAGGAUCGGCUCCCUCAGGCGGAUCACUGACUCCAUCUAGGACCUCCUUCCUUUUCCCCUGUUCUCA